AUGGCGCAAGUAAUUGCACCAAUGUCUCCUCUACAUCAUCUGCCAAGCCCUUCUCAGGGACAGUCCUUGGUUAGACAGACUACAAGCAACUUGCAGCGUAAACAAUCCAAGUUUCCCUCCACCAAUUCGUCUCCAAAACCAGCGGAAUCAAACAACCCAGCUCCAACGGAACAGGAUCCAAGAGAAAAGUCCACAGAAGAAUCAAUAUCAGCCGACUCCGAUUGCGAGGAAUUAGCACCGAGGCGGUCGGCAGCAAAGAUUCGAAGUAAAGAAGCAGUAACACAAAGCCUCGAAAUUCCGUGUCUCAGUGAGCUAGGACUCUAUGCUUUCCCUACAAAGGGUGAUGGCAACUGUCUCUACUACGCCCUGUCCGAUCAAAUGUACGGGAGCCCGGACCAUGCCGACCAGAUUCGUCUUCAGCUUGCAGACCAUAUUGCUGCUCACCGAGAUUACUUUAUAAACUUCAUAGUGGCUUCUGGUGGAGAGCGGAGAGCUCCUAGACGAGCAGCUGCAUCCAGAUAUUCUUCGUCGUCCAGAUAUUCUUCUUCCUCUUCUUCGUCGGCAAGUCCGGCACCUCCCUCGUCUGAGGACGUCGAACGCAGCUUCGAGUCGAAAUUGGAGGGUUGUCGAAAGAAUGGCACAUGGGGUGGCUCCGAAGACAUUCAAGCAUUUUGCCAGUCAUUCAAAGUCGACGUUCGCGUCUACAGCACAAAAGGCAUUCAGACCUUUCGAGAUGUUUAUGCUCCGGGCAGUGAGGAGAGGGCAAUUCUCCAUGUCGCUUUUCACGACUUCAACCACUACUCUUCAGUGCGGCAUGUGGAUGGCCCUCAUACUGGGCUGCCACGUAUCCCGAAAGAUUUGAAAUCAGAUAAUCGGACUUCAAACACCUCGCCACCUUCCUACGCUGGCGCGAAGCGCUCCGCUGAUGAAAGUGAGGAUGAAGACGCUCGCCCGGCUGUUCGCCGCAAGAAAGUCAGAGUUGGGGCACCAGAGAGCAAAUUGACCAUGAAGUUACGCAGUCGGUCCUCCUCGCGAGCCUUGUCUCCUUCACCUGCUAGCAUGAAGCGCUCCGCUGAUGGAAUUGUGGAGGAGGAUCCGCGCCCUACCCUUCGAAGGCGGAGACUUCGCAAUCGCAUUAGCACCUAA